AUGUUAGAGAAGAUUGUCCAGCCCAACAGAAAAGAUUGGAGUAACAGGUUGGAUGAUGCUCUUUGGGCGCAUAGGACUGCCUACAAAGCACCCAUAGGGAUGUCUCCUUAUCGGGUUGUCUUUGGCAAGGCAUGUCAUUUACCUGUUGAGAUUGAGCAUCGGGCCUACUGGGUUGUGAAGACCUGCAACUUCUCCAUUGAUCAGGCUGGUGAGGAAAGGAGGUUGCAACUAAAUGAGCUUGAUGAGAUCCGCUUGGAAGCCUACGAGAAUUCAAAAUUCUACAAGGAGAAAACCAAGAAGUUCCAUGACAGCUUGAUAGCUAGGAAGGACUUCGUGGUUGGCCAGAAAGUUCUAUUGUACAAUUCUCGGCUCGGACUCAUGGGUGUUGAGAUCAAAAGUGAAUCCACAUAUAAGAGCUUUAAAGUCAAUGGACACCAGCUGAAGCCAUUCCUCAACAAUCCAUCUUUGUUGAAUGCAGUGGUAGAGGAGAUGUCUCUGCUUGACCCUGCUUCUCUCCCACUACCAUGA